AUGAUGUUUCCUAACGUUGCAGAGGCCAGAUUUUCUGAGGAAGAGGUUAAAGCUGCAGAACUUUUAGAUGUUUUAAGAAACUCUACUGAUAGAUUGUUAAAGGCUAAUAGUAAUGCUGUUACUGCCGUAAGUGGUCCUGGUACCGUUACUGGCAAUGGUAUUAUAACUAGUGGUGGUAGUGUUGGUGCUGGCAUUAAUGGUUCUGGUGGGGCUGUUGUAUCCCUGGUGGAUAGUAAUCCUGGGAGUAUUGGUGUUAGUGUGACCACUAGUGAUAAUCCAAUGAGUGCUAAAGUUACUUCUACUUAUAAUGGGGAGGUGAUAUCAAAUACUGAUAGCAUUGGAAGAUCAGAUAGAGCUGGGAAUGUAAACGAUAACGAAAAUGGGAAUGGAAAUGAGAAUCAAUCAGGUACUCACAGUGCAGGUGGUUCUUCUCAGCCUUCAACUUUGUUAGACAUGGUUUAUAAUAAUUCGAUUAUUAACAGUGUCGUGGAUUACUAUGAAGGUAAUACCAACAGUUCAGGGACUAAAAGAGCGGCCUCUUUGAAUUCCGUAGGUGGCACAAGUACCAAUAGUGAUAUAGACGCCACUAUGACAGAUGUGGGAUCAGAAACUGAAUACAAGGGUGCUAUCGAGGCUAGUAACUAUAACUUCGAUAAGAGAACAACUAAUGUUUGCGCAGGAAGAGUCUCGAAACGUCAAAAAAUUACUGAGGCUUUGGCGAGAAGUAGAGAUAAUUUAAAACAAUAUAAACUAGGAAUGUCAAUUGAAUCAAAGAAAAAAAUUAUCACUUGCCUACAUCUAUUGAAAUUGGCAAAUAAACAAUUGACUGAUAAAGUUUCAUCGCUACAGAACGCUGUGCAACAUGAAGAAUUGAUAGCUCGUAAAAAGAAAGAUUCCAAUUGCGACAGAAGAAAGAAGAAGAGAUUGCCUUUAGAUUCGGAUGUUAAACAGGUAGAGUACAAUCCACUAAGCAUAAAAAAUAUCACACUACCAGAAGACUACGAUGAGCUCGAUAAUCAAAAAAGAGAGACAUCUAUAGGACUAGAUAACAAUAAAGAUGAUGAGGAUACGAUAAGUGCACAAACGGAUGAUGAAGAAGAAGAUGAAGAAGAUGAUGAAUUUUUCGAUGCGGUAGAAACGAAUAAUGAACAAAGUGCAGUUAUCAAAAUGGAAGUUGUCACCACUGUGAAAAAGGUAUUUUCUGUAAUAUCGAAAUUUGCUGGUGGUUCUUUACCAGAACCUGCACGGAGUCAAGUACGUAAUUCUUUGUUAACACUACCUGAGAAUUGGACUGCUACUGCUAAUAAUUCUACUCUAGGUGCUAUUGAUUGUACAUGUUGCGAUUCAGACUAUUGCCUGUCUGCAAACUGUAAAGUAUUAAUCUUGGCAAAGGAAUCACUAGAUAUGAUGAAAAAUGUAAUGCAUGUCCUAGAUUCUUCAUUGGGUAAGGCAGAGGAAUGGAUUAAACAAAGACAGGAGUGGAAAGAAGAGUUGAGAGAAAGAUUGAUGAGAAAGCAAGAAUAUUUUGCAGCACAAAGGUUGUUAAGAGAUCAGAACAAUAACAGAAACUAG